UUUCUUUCCAGAUUUCACACCGUUGCAUGUGCUGUGCGUUGUGUUAAACCAGUCAAUCGCAAAAAUGCGCCUCUCGGGAGUGCUCCUGCCUACGCUGGCCAGCCUGGCUGCUCCAAAAGGCGCCCACGGUAGAAAGUUUGGCAGUACUUUGCCUGAGCCGCCGUCUUACAGAUGGACAAACGCGAUUGUGAACCCGAGUCUCCGCAGUGAGAGCGGGAAGACCUUGAUGCCUCAGAACAACAAAACAUCAAAAUACAUUGUCGAUGGCAGCGCGCUGCCCGAUAUCGACUUUGACGUGGGCGAGUCCUAUGCCGGCUUGAUGCCAAUCGCUAGAAACGGUGGCUACACCAACGGGACCGGCGACCAGCUGUACUUCUGGCUGUUCCCGACCGACGACGAGGCAGGCAAGGACACUAUCACGAUAUGGCUCAACGGCGGGCCAUACUGCAGUUCUCUGCUCGGAUUGCUCCAGGAGAACGGGCCCUUUUUAUGGCUGCCAGGGACCGAGCGGGCAAUUCCGAAUGCCUGGAGUUGGUCGAGGUUGACGAACAUGAUCUGGAUCGAACAGCCCGUCGGAACAGGCUUCACCCAGGGCGUGCCCACGGCCACGAGCGAGGAGCAGCUGGCCGCAGAGUUCCUCUCCUUCUGGAAGAACUUGGUUGACACGUUCGACCUGCACGGCAAGAAAGUCUACAUCACGGGCGAGAGCUACGCGGGCCACUACGUGCCAUACAUUGCGGACGCCAUGUUCACGGCCAACGACACCGACUACUUCGACGUCCAGGGGACCCUGUUGUACGCGGCGUCUAUUGGCCAAGGGGCCGUGGAGCGGCAGGUCGUAGCCGUGCCGUUCAUGGACCAGUGGCCCGGCAUCUUCACCUUGAGCGACAGUGUGGCGGCAGACUUCCACGCCCGGUAUGAGUCGUGCGGCUUCAGGGCGUAUCUGGAGAAAUACCUGGCCUACCCGCCCCCGGGACCCUUUCCUCCCGUGCCGUUGGCCACAGACGAAUGCCAAAACCUCUGGUUCGACGCUGUAUAUGCAAUGUGGGACGUCUCGCCGUGCUUCGACUACUAUCGCAUCACCUCCGCCUGCCCUUACUUGUCCAACGUCAUAUCCAGCGCCGGCGGCGGCGACAGCCGGGGCGCCUGGUUCAACCGGACCGAAGUGCAGCGAGCAAUCAACGCGCCACUGCAGGAGUGGAAGUCGUGCCGCGACGGCCCACUGGACGAGCUGGACACGUCCGCCCCGUCUGCGUGGGAGGUGUACCCGCGCGUGAUUGAGCGCUCGCGGCGCAGCGUGCUGGUGAACGGCGCGCUCGACUUUGUCAUUCCAGAAAUCGGCACGCGGCUGGUGGUGCAGAACAUGACCUGGGGCGGCGCGCAGGGCUUCCAGUCAGAGCCGGAGGACAAAUUCUACGUGCCCUACGAGGACGGGUUCACUUUUGUUGCGGAGCCCCUGUCAGGCUAUGGCGAGAUGGGCAUCACACAUAGCGAGCGUGGUCUGACGUGGGUGAAGCAGUGGGGGGCUGGGCACAUGGCUCCCCAGAACACGCCCUCUGCGGCGUUUCGGCAGCUCGAGUUCCUGCUGGGGAGGAUUGAUCGGCUGACGCAAUGAUGGUGGAGAUGCAGGAACGAGAUCAUCCGAUGAGGAGGAGGCAGAGAUGCCAGUGAAUGUGGGCGCGCAAGGGGGGGUACCAGGCGAGAUGCAGGGCCGAUUGGUGGAAAAUGCCUGAUUGAUGUAUACGCGGCUGUUCCCUGGUCUCGCAGAGAUUCUAGCCUGAUUGUAGU